AUGCACGAGAAUGAUGAUCCUCCGCAGGAUUCGGUUGAUUCCGUAGCUGCUGAUGGAUUGGAGAAUGAGGAUGAUGAGUCUAAUGGGCAAGAGCUUGAUCCUGACCAGGGAACAGCUUUCGUUGAUAGUAAGGAAGAUAUGUUCGUUGAUGCUCCCGAGGAGUUGAAUUUCGAUACACCCAACAAGGAAGCUCUGACGACAGAUGACGAUGAGAACGGAGAGCUUGACGAGAAGGAGGUUAGGGAGAAGGAACUUGCAGGGCUAAAGGAGCAGUUUAAGCUGCUGACUGGUGAGAAUGAUUUGAAAGAUGAAGACGAGAACACUGUUGAAAUCGUCAACCGGUUCUCAAAGUUUCUAGAAACCGCAGAGGAAGAGAAAAUUCAGCAUGAGGAUGCACUCAGGGAGCUUCGUGGGAUUAUCAGUGGGAAGGACGAAGAGAUUGCACAUCUCACCACAAAGGUUUCAGAGCUCUCUUCGUCGUCACAUUCGGCACAGGACGAGGGGGAACUCGAGGCAGCAACAGAUAGGAUUUUGGUUUCUCUUAGUAGUGUGUUUGGGCAGGAGGAGCUGCAGUAUGGUGGUGCUUCUGUCCCUGAAAAGCUUGCUCACCUUGAGAGCAGAGUUUCGUUUUUAGGUGCAAAGUAUAGCGAGUUUUACUAUGGUGCUGAUCAGUUAAGGCAGUGUUUGUCUAGUGAUGCGGUGGAUGUUAGUUUCCAAGAGGAUUUUGGUUCAGCUCUCGGUGCUGCUUGUACUGCGUUGCUUGAGCUCAAGCAGAAGGAAGCAGCCGUUUUUGAAAGGCUUAGCCAUCUAGAAGAGGAGAAUAGGAAACUGGUUGAACAAGUAGACAAGGAUAGAGAAGUGAUUGAGUCAGUGAGAGCAGAGUUUGGGAAAACGAAAGCAGAGCUUGAGCAAGAGAGGACGAGGUGUAGUAACACGAAAGAAAAGCUCAGCAUGGCUGUAACAAAGGGGAAGGCUUUAGUUCAGAACCGGGAUGCUCUGAAGCAUCAAAUAGCUGAGAAAGCAACGGAGCUUGAGAAUAGGUUGAAUGAAUUGCAAGAGACGAAGAUUGCCCUUGAGGCUUCUGAAUCAGCCAAGGGGCAGCUGGAACAGUCGUUAGCUGAAAAGACAGAUGAGCUUGAGAAAUGCUAUACCGAAUUGAAUGACAAGUCUGUAUCCUUGGAAGCAUAUGAGGUAACGAAGAAGGAGUUGGAACAGUCUCUGGCUGAAAAAUCAACGGAGCUUGAAGAGUGUUUGAUGAAACUACAAGUGAUGUCAACAGCAUUGGAUGAAUCUGAAGUCAUGAAAGGUGAGUUGGUAAAAUCUGAUGCUACGGUUGCAUCAUACCAGGAAAUGGUCUCGGAAAGGAGCUCUAUCAUUGAAAAUAUUGAAACCAUCCUGUCACACAAGACACCUGAAGAAGGUCAGUCUUUCGAUAUCAUUCAAAAGGUUAGGUCUCUUGCUGAAGAGAGGGAAGAGCUCAAAAAUGUUUCCCAGGAAUACAACAGGCUAAAAGAUUUGACCUUUUCCAUUGACGUACCAGAGGAAAUUUCCGAAUCCAGCUUAGAAACUCGUUUAACUUGGCUUAGGGAAUCUUUUUUCCAAGCAAAGGAUGAAGUUAGUGCUCUGCAAAACCAGAUCGAAAGCUUAAGCAUGUCUCUUUCAGCAGAAGUGGAGGAGAAAAAUAAUACUAAAAAGGAACUUGAUGAUUUAAGUCUCAGUUUGAAAAAAAUGGAGGAAACUGUAGAGCGAGCUUCUUUGGAGAGAGAAGAACUUGUGAAGAGACUUUUGGAAACAUCUGGCUUGAUGUCAGAAGGAGUCGAACAUGAUUCUCCUCCAUCUAUCAGUUUGCUUGUUGAUAGAUCUUUCGACAAGAUAGAAAAGCAAAUCAGGAACUCUAGUGACGGUUCUUAUGGCAACGAAGAAUUAAUUGAAAGAUUUCAAAGUCUUCUUUAUGCGAGAGAUCAAGAGUUGUCACUUUGUAAGGAAAUGCUAGGAGAGGAAAUGGUGGUUAAUUUGCAGGUAUCCAAUCUCUCAAAUGAGCUAAAAACCGCAUGUCAAGAUCUUGCUUCCGUGAAAGCAGAAAAAAUUGCUUUGGAGACAGAUCUCGAGCGAUCAGAGGAGAAAUCUGCUUUGCUCAGAGACAAACUUUCUAUGGCUAUCAAGAAAGGCAAGGGACUAGUCCAAGAUAGGGAAAAGUUAAAAACGCAGCUGGAUGACAAAAACUCUGAAAUCGAAAAGCUGAUGCUUGAGUUGCAGCAGUUAGGUGGUACGGUUGAUAGCUACAAGAAUCAGAUUGAUAUGUUAUCUGGAGACUUAGAGCGCACAAAAGAGCUAGAGACUGAGGUGGCUGCCAUUAAAGACGAAAGAGAUCAGCUCAAUCAAUCCUUAUCACUGAAGGACACCUUGUUGCAAAAAGUGAUGAAAUCAGUUGAAACUAUGAGUAUCCCUGUUGAUUUAGCAACUGAGGAUUCUUCAGAAAAGAUUGACCGACUUGUUGGUUACUUCAAUGAAGUGCAGCAGGCUAGAGUAGAAGAACAAGAAGAACUGGAAAAGGUAAAGGAAGAAGCCAGUACAUUAGCCAGUAAAUUAGCAGAAACCCACACAGCCUUGAAGUUGGUUGAGGAUGCCUUGUCUACUGCAAAGGGUAACAUCGAUCAACUUGCUGAAGAGAAUAGGCAAGUCCAAGCUUCCAAGGAAAAUGUUGAACUUGAGCUGCAAAAAGCAGUUGGUGAGGCCUCCUCUCUAGCUAGCGAACUGGAUGAAGCUUUUGCAACCAAGAAUACUCUUGAAGCUGCACUCAUGCAGGCUGAAAGAAAUAUAUCUGAUAUCAUUAGUGAAAAGGAAGAGGCUCAAAGCAAAACUGCUACUGCAGAGAUGGAGCUAGGGAUGGUGCAAGAAGAAGUUUCAAAUCAGAAUAACAAAUUAACAGAAGCACAAAGCACAAUCGAAUCACUUGAAAACACACUUGCGCAGACGGAAAGCAACAUGGUUUCGCUCUCCAAACAAAUUGAAGAUGACAAAGUUGUGACUGAGAAUUUGAAGAGUGAGUUAGAGAAGCUUAAAAAUGAGGCAGAGUUUGAGCGUAGCAAGAUGGCUGAGGCUUCAUUGACAAUAGGAUCCCUUGAGGAGGCAUUACUGAAGGCAGAGAAUAGUCUUUCUGCCUUACAAGGAGAUAUGGUGAAAGCUGAAGUUGAGAUAUCAACUCUCAAUAGUAAGCUUAAUGUAUGCAUGGAAGAGUUAUCUGGAUCAAGUGGAAACUCAGAGAGCAAAUCUUUGGAGAUUAUUGCUCAUCUUGAUAAUCUUCAGAUGCUACUGAAGGAUGGAGGGCUGAUUUCCAGGGUGAAUGAAUUCCUUGAGGGGAAAUUCAGGAGCCUUAAAGACAUGGAAGCCAUUGCUAGAGAUAUCAUAAGAAAUUCUGGUGAGAAGGGAGGGGAAAUGGACAACGCUGAGGAUGAUUCCUCUGUGGCAAAAUCCUUGUUGAAUGGUCUUGAUGAUUCAGUGAAUACAGAGAUGGAAAGUAGUCAAGGAAAUGCAGCUGAUGAAGACGAAAUUUCUUCAUCUCUGAGGAAGAUUGCAGAAGGGGUCAAGCUGAGAAACAAAAUACUAGAGAAAAACUUGGAGGGUUUCUCAACUUCAAUUGAUACACUCAUUGCGGCACUGAUGGAAAACCUAACAGCAGCCAGGGAGGAUGUAAUAAAUGUCAAGGGUUAUAAUGAGUCCCUGAAAGAUAAGGUAAAGAGUGCGGAAGAUAUUGUUCGGGAACAGGAAAACACCAUCUCUGCACUACAAAAAGAUUUGUCAUCUUUAAUGUCUGUAUGUGGCGAGGCUGCCAGAGAGCUGCAGUUGGAAGUGAAAAAUGACCUCCUAGAGUUGGUUCAGUUCCAAGAAACUGAGAACGGUGGUGAAACUGAAUCAACUGAACAACCACAAGAGCUUCAUGUAAGUGAAUGCGCCCAGAAAGUAAAAGAAUUAUCUUCUGCUACAGAGAAGGCAUGUGCUACUCUAAAGCUCUUUGAGACAACAAGUAAUGCAGCUGCUGUUAUAAUCCGAGAUAUGGAGAACAGGCUAAAAGAAGCAUCUGCCGCUCUAGAAACGGUUGUAUUAGAAAGAGAUCAAAACCAGGCUAAGGUUUCAAGUUCCGAGGCCAGGGUGGAAUCUACGGAAGCGUUUUGCCAAGAACUGAAACUUCAGCUGGAAAAUCUCAAAGCCGAAGAAGAGAAAUGGCAUGAAAGAGAGGUGGAACUUUCUACAUUAUGUGAUAAACUGUUGGUGCAAGAGCAAGAAGCAAAGGAAAACUUAAUUCCAGCUUCUGAUAUGCGUGUCCUUUUUGACAAGAUAAAUGGUAUUGAGGUGCCUUCAGUAGAUCAGGUCAAUGAAUUGGAUCCACAGAGUCCAUAUGAAGUAAAGAAGCUAUUCGCGAUUGUUGAUAGUGUUACUGAGAUGCAGCAUCAGAUAGACCUCUUAUCAUAUGGACAAGAAGAGCUCAAUUCCACCUUGGCAGAAAAGGAUCUUGAAAUUCAAGGUUUGAAGGAGGCGGCUGGAGCAGAUAGUACAACCGAGCUAGAGUUAGUGAAGGCAAAUAACGAAUUGUCCAAGGUAAUAUCUGGCUUGGAGAAACUGCUGGGUAUAUUGGUGGGCAAUGAUCAUGUUGUAGAGCAAGGCGUCUCCGAGUCAUGGACGCUCUUACAAGCACUAGAGAGAAAAAUAACUUCCCUUCUCCUAGAGUCAGAGAGUUCAAAAUCAAGGGCCCAAGAACUUGCUCUGAAGUUAGUCGGCAGCGAAAAACUUGUGGAUAAAUUGUCGUUAAAAAUAAAAGAAUUUGAGGAUAAACUUCAAAGCAAAGCCAUUCAGCCUGAUGUCGUUCUUGAGAGGAGCAUCUUCGAAGCACCUUCGACCUCAGAGAUAUCCGAGAUUGAGGACAAGGGAAAAAAAUCAAUAUCACCUGUGCCUACAGCAGCACAAGUGAGAACGGCGAGGAAAGGAUCGACGGAUCAUCUUUCAAUCAACAUAGAUUCAGAGUCCGAGCAUCUGAUGAACCACAACGAAACAGAUGAAGAUAAAGGACAUGUUUUCAAGUCUCUCAACAUGUCUGGUCUGAUUCCAACGCAAGGAAAGGUGAUAGCAGAUCGAGUGGACGGAAUAUGGGUCUCGGGUGGAAGAGUACUAAUGAGCCGUCCUCAAGCAAGGCUUGGCGUUAUGGUAUAUAGUCUCUUAUUGCAUCUGUGGCUUCUAGCUUCCAUCUUGUAA